UCCAACUUUCAACUUCUCCACACCAUCAACAACACCAUGUCUCACUCAGACUCGGACACGUCUUCGUUGUCAUCUGCUGUGUCAAUAGAAGAUGAGGCCGUGGCGGCUUCUAUAAAUCGCACGGUUGGCAUCGAGAAAUAUUUCAAGCGCGAGAAACAAACCGAGUCGCCGCCCCCGAAACGUGCCCCGUCACCGCCACACGAAUAUGUGCUGGCUGACAAUCCAAAUAUUGCAUUCAUCGUGAUGUUCCGCGCGAGAUUUAGCGAUGUAUUCCCCAAGUCGGUCCCCAAUUACGGCCCACAAGAUAUUGAGAGAGGAGUUACGGAUAUUGUACCCGGUGAUCACAUUGAGAAGUUGUUAUGUGCCUUAAUUGGCCUGAUCCUGAAUCGGAAGAAAGAUGUUGAAAGAGGUCACUAUCAACGUGCUCUCGAGGAAGCUGUGCAGACACAUUAUAGCCAGUGGCCCAAGGCAUGGGAGGGCAAGAAUCCGCUCCAUGGCGGGCGCACAUUCGCAACUAUGUCGCCGGAAGAGCGCCUUUCGUUCCUUCGAACAUUGAUCCUAUGGGCCCUUUCCUCCUCCGACGCCGUCCAAGCGAAGCUCAAGGAAAGCUAUAAGCAAACAAGACAAGAGGGGGACCGUAAUCAGCCGCUUUCUGUUCAGCCAUGGGGAAGCGACAGCUACAAAAGGCGAUAUUGGCUUAUCGAAGGCCGUGAUGACACACAUUUCAGACUUUAUAGGGAGAGUAAUCCUGCGCUUAAAACCAAUACGUGGUGGAGCGUAGCGGGCAGCAUUGACGAGUUAAAAUCUGUUGCGGAAUCCCUUGGAAGUGAGAAGUCUCGCGCUGCUAAAGAGCUUAGCGAAAGGAUCCGCAACAGUAUACCACGUUUUGAGGCGUCUGAAGAGAAACGAAAACGUCGCGACUACCGUCUAGCACGAAAAGCAGCAUUUGCCCGUCCUGAACCAGGAUUUUCCCUUUACGAAGGCCGGACUCGUGGAAAGAGGAUCAAGUAUACAUUUUCUGAUGAAGAAGACUUUUCAGAAGGACUUACUUCAAGGAGAUCCACGCGGCAACAAACCCGCGGGUCUACUCCAGCGGAGCCGCCCGGCCCAACCUUCACCGCCAGUGGCCGGCAAGUCAAGGCUCGAGUUGGGGGUAUAUAUGGUGAAACAAUAACAGCCCGACAACGAACAGAUUCGGCUCAAACCGCUGGUCUUAUCAACGGUAGACCGCAACGAAGCACAAGAUCUAAUGGAUUAACACAAAGCUAUCAGACCGAGAGUUAUAAUUCCGUGGAUGCAAUGGAUGAAGAUGAUGAGCCGGAAACCGUCUCAAGUGGACAAGAAUGGGAAGGAGGAGAUGAAAACACCGUCGAUGAAGACGAGGAUAUGAGCGAUGUGGGGUCUCUGGAUGAAGAGGAUACAGUUCGACCGAGUCUAGUUGUCCAGCUGAGGUAUGGUAAAGGAAAUGAGGACCAGAAACCAGCGAAUCCUGAUCCAACGAAUUUCGCCAGUGACAAGGCACCUGAAGUGAAAUCACCCCAUGUGGGCGCUAUUAUUUCACCAAAUACUUCAGUUGUGCAACUUGGAAACCAGACUCCGUUGGCCCAUCCCCUCCCUACUAAGGACAUGGAGGGUGUAGCUACCAAAGUCCAAUCACCACCAGCUCAAACCACCGUUAUUCAGGGGAAUGACAUGCCGCCUGGUCAAAACGGUGUUCAGCAGCCACCAAUCUGAGGGGACGAAAAGCUUGUCCUGAUUACAGUGUUGAUGCAUGUUGAAGUUACUCAUUAAUUUGGAAAAGGGAGCCCAUAGCAUGUGAUUAUGGACCAUUGAUCUACAGGGGAUUACAUGGGUAUAUUAUGGGUGUGGGUAUAUUGAAAGAAUCUAAUAUCAUAUAUCGAAGGAUUAGGUUUCAAUAUUAUCCUCCGUCUUAUAUGUACAGUACAGCAAUAUCAAUGGAACGCUGAACAGUGCGCAAUGCACCCAAGUUCAUAUGCUUUCCGAUUAAAGAUAUCAAGCAGGCCGCUUCAGCAUAGAGCGGAAAGAAGAUCUAUGUGGAAUACUGGAAGGGAAGCGGAUAAAGCGCCGUUCCGGACUCUGAACGCACUUCUUGAGCCAAAAAAGAUUCGAAUCCCGGCCGAUUAGGCCAAGUAGCAUGAUUGCGUAGUUAACAACCCGCAAUUGGUUUCUCUCAG